GUCGGAACAAGUCAAAAAUCAUCCGCAUCGAGAGUCGGACACAUAUUCGACGACCGACGUCGCCGUUGACCGUACUGUUCUUUUCUUCCCUCCCCAUCUCGCAGAGUCAUACGCACAUGCCACCUUGCCUGUUGGCUGUUGUUGCUGCUCCUCGAUCGCCAUCAUCACCACUUUGAGAUCUCACUAGCUCUCCAAUCCUCCGUUAUUCCUACGGAAAAAAGACUUUUUAAAACAAUUACCAAAGAUCACUAAAUACAAAAGCGAGAUGCAGGCGAAAAUUCUAACAAUUUGGUGGGUCAUCUUCUUGAUUGGCGGCAGCUACAUGGCGUCGGGAACGGUGGCGGCUCACCGGGCCCGUCACGGCGGCUGCAAUUUCCGCGUCGUCCGCGACAUCAUGCGCCGGGCGUGCGCCUACCACUCGUCGGAGAACUCGCAACUGCUGGGGCUGGAAGUGCUCAGCCCGACCGUCAAGCGGCUGUCGACCAACAUGCUGGACGAAGUGGUCGACCUCCACCACCACGACCACCAGUCGGGCAGCCGAGUCAAGAAGGAGAUCGAGUUGCUCUACAUCCGGCGCAUCCUCAAGGAGUGCUGUCCCAACGAAGGCUGCCCGCCUCUUUCCAAAUUCUGCCGCUAGAAAAAGAAGAAGAAGAAAACCAGCCGACAUCCAUCACAGGUCGAAGAAUGAAGCUAGCAAGAUUUCGUCCACUGUAUAUCUAGCAGCAUCAUUGUUAACUUUCCAUUACUACACGCAAACAAAAACACACGAAGAAGGAAAAACAAAAACAAACAGACACACUUGCAUACCACACACAUAACUCCUUUGUCACCUGGGCCUGGAAGAAAGAAAAUUUUUUAAACGCCACGCGAAGAUAACACAAAACAAAAUUCCCCCCCGGAAGAAAACGGGAAAAGUUGUACAGCCAAACAAAAAAAAAGGAAAAAGAAAACUACUACUACUACUACUACUACUACUACUAGGAAAAGUGUCAAGAAGUGGACUCAAGACAAGAGAGAAGAAAGUUCACAAAGGAGAAAAAAAAAGAAGAAACAUGAAACAAAAGAAAAAUCCUUUGCCAAAGCAAGCUCCCUCCUGGUUAGUGUAUGUGUUGCGCCCAUCUUGUUCAAAUCUCUCUAUUUAUUCCUGUCUGAAAAAAAAAAAAAAAACUUGAAAAAAAAACUCUCUCCCACCCAACACACAACUAAACUAUAUAAUGUAUGUAAUUUGACCAAAAGUUUAUGUCCUCAACUCGAAACGGUUUUUAUUCGUUACGACCGGUCCGCGGACGAUGGAAUUUUGUCAUAAUGUAAACUUUCAAAUUUGAUGUCGUAAUAAAAAAACUUGUGACGAACAAACAAACAAA